GGAGCGUAACAUGCGAAAACCACAACCAUGGUGUUCGGGAAAGUUCCACAGCCUGUAGGCGCCAGGUAAGUAUAUAGGCGAGAGAGAGAGAGAGGAUCGAGCGAAUCCAAAAAGAAGAAGAAGAAGAAGAGAUCUCCGGAGUCGCUCUCUUCGUCCCCUUUUCCCCUCUGGCAAGCGCAUGGACGAGAUCGGCGAGGCAUCCUCCUCCUCCUUCCGAGCUCCGCCGCCGCCCGAUCCGGAUCGGACGGUGAUCUGCAUCGGCGACAUCCACGGAUUAUUCUCGAAGCUCCGGCGCCUGUGGGCGAACCUCGAGGCCGCGGUGGGCGGCGCCGCCUUCGAGACGGCGCUCGUCGUCUUCCUCGGCGACUACUGCGACCGCGGGCCCGAGACGCGGGAGGUGCUGGAAUUCCUCGUCUCCCUCCCCGCCCGCUACCCGCGGCAGCGCCACGUGUACCUCUGCGGCAACCACGACCUCGCCUUCGCCGCCUUCGUCGGCGCCCUCCCCCCGCCCCCCGACGGGUCGCCGUUCUCCGCCACGUGGGAGGAGUACGUGGCGAGCGAGGCGCACGAGGGCUGGUUCACGGGGGAAGGGUACGAGGCCAUGCACGUCCAGGGCCGGCGCUGGGGGGGCUCAAUCAGGGAACGCUUCAACCCUAAGAAGAACAUGCCCUACAAGGGCUCCAUCUACGACGCCGCCCCUACCUUCGAGUCCUACGGCGUCCCCCAUGGAUCCGCCGAGCUGGCAAAAGCGGUACCCGACGAUCAUAAGAAGUUCCUGCACGACCUGGUUUGGGUUCACGAGGAGGAAAAUGUGCCGGUUGAUACUGAUGAAGGAAGGAUCUGCUGCAAAUUGAUAGCCGUUCACGCUGGCUUACUGAAAUCGAAGGGGGUAGAUGAGCGGCUGAAACUUUUGAGAGCCAGGGAUACAAGACUGCCGAAGGUCCAAGAGCUUAGCGGGAGGCAGGAUGUGUGGGAAAUUCCAAAGGUAAUGCGGCGUUCUGUGUUUCAAUCCCCCUUCUCUUAAAACAUCAAAAACUUUGAUUGUUCGGGGAAUUCUGAGAUCCUACAAAAUGAUAGGUAGUGGGCAGAUUGGCACAGCACUAUUAGAGGGGUGAACAUGUUUGAGUGUUUUUUGUUAUGUAGAAAUCACUCGAGCAGCGACGAAUAGUGUAUUUUGUAGGCAGUUUUAACAACCAAUCACAUGCUUGGUUGCCCAGUAUGUGGCAAAGGUGCUGAUUCUUCACUGUAGGAAAAUGCAAAACAUUGACUGGCAGAAGACAAUCCAAAAGUAAUUCUUGAAAAAUAAUAAUAAUAAUAAUAAUAACCCAUGGGUCUAAUGUUUAGUUUGCUGAGGUUUUUCCUUUUAGUUCACUUGGUCGUGAUUGGAUGCGUCUAGGGCCUACACUUCUUCAUAACUCAGCUAAUAAGACUACAACGCUUUAACUCGUCAGCAUGGAGUCAGGUAGCUGCAUAAUUUAUCAGGUUUUUCAGGAAUAAAUUAUCUUCAAUAUGGUCAUUCACCAAAUGUGGGAGGAUUAACACUAGACAAAUGAAGCUGGGCCACAAUAGUUAAGUGAGAAGGUAGCUUGCCUAAAUCCAUAAUUUGGACAUGCAAUAGAGCAUUUUAAGGGGAAGAUGGACGCAAUGCAAUGCGAGUUGCAAUGGAAGAUUGAAGAACUUAUAUAUCAAUCUGCAACAUCAAAUAGGUAUAUUUGAAUAUUUAUCUUUAUUCUACUUUGCAUUUUGCAUCAGCAUCCACUAUGAUAGAGUCCUAGUCCAAUUAAUUUGGAAAGUUUAAAAGGCGAGGUGGGUAUGAAAUGCCUUAUUUUCUGGUCAUAGCUACUAAAUUUUUUUUUUUUUGAAGAAA